GUGCGUAAACUUUCCCCCAUGUUUUCUACAUCUUUCUUUCAUAGAGUUAACCGGACGUUACUACCAUAUGCAGAUAGGAGGCCAGCGAUUGGUUGGCAGAGAGUGGCAAACUGACUACUAUUCCGCGCGUUCGUUUGGGGGAGAAAUGACGCGGUCAUGCCUGGGUGGGGCUUUCUUCUUUUCUGGGUGGCUUCUCUUCCCCCGUUCCUUUGGCAAGUCACCAUUGGCAUUGCCAGAGUGUAGCUUCUCUGGUUGCAGAUGAAGAGGCUGUGGCGGAGCUAUACUUCUUUCCGUCUGUAUUCCCCAACCUUUCGAAAGUGCAGGAAAGAAGAAUCAAUUAAACUGAGACAAUUCCACGUCAUCAAAGCUAAUCUGAAUGGAGGGAAGAAUUGCCUGAGAUUUUGAACAGGAAUGCAGUGCCUUAAGAUUCUUUCAGCUUUGAACUCUUUUGUAUUUGCCAGGGUAAUUGCUAAUACAGAAUGUCAGUGAACCACUUAUUUGGGAAUAAGAAAAGAAACAGUUCCAUAUUAUAUGGCAUGGAUCAAGCAAAAGUUACUGCAUCUUCAUCUUUCCAGGGAUCUACAAACCAAAGUCAUCUUGGAAACCAUGAAGGUGGCUUCCCACCAAACAAGCGUUACAAAAGUAUUGUUUCUAGUGAGCAGAAAGAAAUGGAAGACCCAUUUGGUGACAGUGAUGACUUUACAGCUGAUGACCUGGAGGAAAUAGAUAUUAUUGCUUCCCAGGCAUUGACACAAAAUUUUUCUUUGCAAGCAAAUGUGAAAUCUGAGUGGAAUGCUGGAUUAUGUUCCCCACUGAACAACACCAACAAACCCUUCAGUCACAUGAAACAAUCAAAUGUUGACUUCACUACUGGCAGAAAAAUCCAGUUUGCAGGAAGUAGUACAGAAGAAAUGUCAACCAAAGACAAAUUUAGACUUGAAACUCUUCAAGCGCAGUAUGAGGAAGCUAAAAAAAAGCUGCAGCAAAUGCAGGAUGAAAUCCUUAUUAAAAAUGGAGAAAUCAGAAUUUUACGGGACUCAAUGCAGCAGAUGGAAUCAACUGUGGAGGAGCAGCGCAAAUCACAUCUAUUACUGGAAGAGGAGAAAGAACAAUAUUUAAGAGAAAAAGAAAAGGAAUUUUCCAAAAAGUUACAGUCACUGCAGUCUGAACUGCAGUUCAGAGAUGCUGAAAUGAAUGAACUGAGAACGAAGCUUUUGAACUGUGAGAGAAUUAAGCCCAUUGCACCUUUGAUUUCAGGUACCAGUCCUAAGAAGAGCCCUUCCAGCAAAGCAAAAAUUGAAGGAUUUACUCAGAAUGAAAAGCAAACUUAUCCUACGAAAGAGUCUUUUGGAUGUGAGCUGUCUCCCAAAGCAUCCUGCUCAAAAACCCUGGUAUUUACCCAACCUCUGUGUCUUAACAAAGACAUCAAGAAGCCUUGCCUUGACAUUAAACUUGUGAAGCAAGAAAUUAGUUACAUCUGUGCUCAAAGACAAGGUUCCAUCUUGAUAACUGCAUUGAUGAAGCAGCCUAUUGUUGAAGGAUCAUCGCUUGGGCUCAGUUAUCUUCUUAGUACUCAUGUGGAAGCUCAGCCUGGGCCUGUCUUGCAGUCUGGUUCAUGCAGCACAGGGUGUACAGGAAUCUCCGGUGAUGGCAGUACAUGCUCUGAAGAGCAAGAAGGGGAAGAGGAGGCAUCAUUGAAACUUGCUCAAAAACUUGCAUUAACUGGGUUGAAUUUGAUUGCUAUGGAUGAUGGCUCAUUGGAUGAAAGCUCUGAGGAGAACAAGAGGCGAAUAUCUCAUCUUAAGUACUAUAAAAUCCCUGGGGCAGUUCACCUCCUUCCUCUCCUGGAACAUCACAUUGGUACCUACUGUCAGACCCUCCAGUUAAUGGUGAAGACUGGAAGUUCUUCUUCUGGAAACCAGUCAGCCUCUUCUUCCAGAACUUCUUCAAGUACACGAUCAAGCACAGAUGAUUUUCAGUUGAACCAGGAAGAGUUUGCACUGACAUCUCUGGGCAUUCUUUAUUGCUUGGUAUUUUACAGUUGGGAUGUUGUUUGUAUGCUGCUUUCCCAUAAUGUGAAACCAAACCAUGGUUUGGGAAUUAUAGAGAUUGUGGAAAAGGAUAAAACUGUUGUUCUCAACAAGCAGUGUAGAGGCGGUCUUCAAGAGCCCAACCCAGAGCUAGAUACUGCUAAUGAUGACAGACUCCAACAUCCUUUGUUUAAAAGCCUGUUGCAUCUCUUGACUUUAUGUACUUCAGCAGCUGGAUGUCAAAAACAUUGCAUGCUAAAUCAGUGUCUCAAAAUUCUGGUGAAAUUAGCUGAAAAGUCAACGAUGGAUUUACUAAUGAGCUUCUCACCGUUGCUGAAUAGUCAGACUCUUCUCCGCUGCGUGUCUUCUGAAGCUCCUGUGUUUGUUGUCCAUUUGACAGUUAGGCUGUUAACUUUGCUCGCUGAACACCAGGAGUUAGCUGGUCAGUUCUGUACUGCUUCAGAAAACUGCCUCCUCUUGGCCCUGUACAUGUAUAUCACUUCAAGACCAGAUAAAUCAACAUCUGAGAUGCUUUGGCUUCAGCUGGAACAAGAGACUGUUCGCUUCCUGACCAAAUGUAUGCAGUGCUGUAGUAUUUCUCUAGUUGGAAGAGACUGUCAGUGCAAUCCUGAGGUAGUGAAGGCCCUUAUUAUAAUGUUACAUAGACAGUGGCUGACUGUCAGAAGGGUGGAAGGAAACUUAUUUGAUGUACGUGGAAAGCAGGUUGUUCAGUUUUUACGGGACACUGUUUUGCUCUUGCACAGUCUGUCUCAAAAGGAUAAACUGUUCCAUGACCAUUGCCUGGAAGUCCUUCAUCAGUAUGAUCAUGUCAUGCCUGGUGUCAGAGCCAUCCUUAGAAAAGUUCCAGAUCUGAAAACCUGUGAAGAGCUUGCAUUGGAUGAACUGUAUCCUUUGGAGACAGAAAAUGAUGAUCAAGAAAUGGAUUGCAGCUGAUCUUUUCAUCAAUAAUACAUAAAACUUACCAGAAAAGUAUAAUUUUUUAAAUUUAACUAGAACACAACUCUUUUUUUUUUGCUAGAACUUAAAAAAAAAAUGAACAGCUAGUUAAAGAUAAAAAAGGUAAACGUACCUCAAACUGUCAAUGUAACCAUUAUGUUGAGGUUUUACUGAAUGAAUUUCCAGUCAGAUUCAAGAUAAAGUAAUACAAAUGUGGUAUUAAAACAACGAACCUGAAAAGUUUUGUAUUUUUGUGAAGAAUAACUUUAUAUGGCAUUUGGAAUGCUGCUCUCUUGAUCACAAAGACUGUAGUCUGGUGCAUCUUUACCUAGGAGUAAGUCCCACAGAAUAAAGUUGGGCUUAAGUAAAUGUACUUAGAUAGGAUUGCAUUGCAAAUAUUUAUGAACUUGCUGUUUGAACUAUUUAAUGUGUAUUUUUACAGUGUGUGUAUGAUUUAACAGAGUAGGGUUAUUUAAACAAAUAUUUUAAACACAUAUAUCACUGACCUAUUUUUCAGAGUAUCUGAGUUUUUGAAAAACAGGCUUUUGCCUUCAAGCAGUGUGAUACAUAUAAUUGCAAUAUGCACAUCAAAAUGGUUUGCAAACAUUGAAACAACAUGCACAUUUAUUUAUCUAAGAUUUACAUGGAAGACAUAACAUGGAAGAUGUAUCAGUUCUAACAACGUCAUGGCGAAGCAGGUGUAGGCAACCCCUGGUGGAUGUGCUGACAGUCGUGUACCAGACCCAGGGCCAGAUCUCUGCCCAAGUAACUGAAGCAGUGACAGCACUGUUGAGGCCCUCAGUGCAGACAAAAGUAUCACACAUGGCUUAAGUUCAUCACAGCCUCCCAGACCUGAACAGCCACCAGAGAAUCCUGUUGGAGCUUGGCUGCUAUAAGUGUGCCUGAGCAAGUACAACCCUGAUUCCACCCUCCCAUUUGGUUUGCUGGGCAAGGGCCACACCAGUACUUUUGCAGAUAGACGUUGUGUUUUCCAGCACCUCAAGCCAAUAAAGGUUUCCUAUCCCUGUGCUAAAGGACAAUUGUGUGUCUUGGAAGGAACACAAUUGUCGUUUAGCACAGAUGAUGAAUUUUCAAGUACAUUGAAUUGCCCUGUGUUGUCUUCCUUAACAUUCUGUAUAAUGACAGCUCCUUUCUCAUCUUACUAUGAAUUUUUUUCCUGGGUGUCAAAUGUUUGGGGGAAUUAUUUGCAGAAGUGACACAAUAGUUCCAAAAAGCUGAAUGAACUGAAAACUUUUGAUAUAAUCUCUGUGAGCUUUAUUUAGAUAACAUAAAGAACGUGUGGAGAAAAGGCAGCAUGCAGCAAUAUUGUAGAAGCAAGAAGAGAAGCAUAUUUUGGCGUUGGUAAAGGAGGAAUAAUCCCCAUGACGGGCAGAUAGGAAGGUGUUCUCAGAAGUAACUAUUCUGUUGAUUAACACAAGUCUGGUAACCUGCUGUUUAUGCAUCUUUCAUAGGCAUAUUUAGAGCCUUUCCAGCAAAGCAUAAAGGGGCAUCUUGUAUACACCGUGUAGCCUUUUGUUCUUAGUAUUAGCACUUUACCAUCUCCCAGCACUCAAGGUGCAUUUUAAAUGCCUGAUAAUGGAGAUAAUUUUAACUAUAAAACACAGUUAAGCUAAGGUCAUGGAUAAUGGUAUAAUGGAGGUUCUAAGGAUUUCUAAAUUGUUGUUGCUCAUUAGAUUUUAAUGGCUCCAACACCAUAGAAGCCUCUCCAGCUUUUGCCUUUUUAUCCCAGAAAUAAAACUUGUCAUUUUAACAUGCA